AUGUACAGCCGAACCAGCUGGGGUGGACCAGUAGAUCCAUUUAUCCUAGUCAAGUUCCUCAACUCUAGUAAACCCGAAGUUAGCGACCCUAUUGUCAGCCUAAUCAUCUUCGAAUGGCAGGACAAGGACUUGGUUGGCUUUCCAGAUGCCAAGACUGGAGAAACUAGACUUCCAAUCUGCGACGAACAUUACGUCAAGUCCGGCCAGUGCAACUCUACCGAUAUUGGCGAGUACAUCAUAGCCCAGAAUGCCACCGAAAAGUCCAACGCUUUGAUCUCGACGCAGGCUGUCCACCUGAAGAGUGCAGGUCCCGUUCAUUAUUCCAUUCAGAAAACCGGGUUCUACUGCGUUGUAACGGACGGCUUCACCGUCGAGAACUACAAAGCCGUCGUUGAGUUCCGGAAUGCGUAUGGGGAGUUGUCCGCCACCCAGAUUCCCAAGCUGCCUUUCUAUGGAGCCAUGUCUAUCGUCUACGCCCUCAUGGCAGCAUACUGGGGAUUCCUCUAUUAUCAACAUCGCCAUGACAUAUUGGCUGUUCAAAACUACAUUACCGCUAUAUUGGUCUUCCUCGUGGUAGAGAUGCUCAUCACUUGGGGCUACUACGACUAUGAAAAUCACGGUGGCUCAACCGUGGGAUCCAAGGCUUUCCUUGUAGUAGUGGGCAUCCUCAACGCCGCACGAAAUUCCUUCUCGUUCUUCCUCUUGCUUAUUGUUUGCAUGGGCUACGGCGUGGUGAAGCCAACGCUUGGUCGCACCAUGGUCCAUGUACGAUUGCUUGCCGCCUCCCACUUCAUCUUUGGUCUUAUAUAUGCAAUCCACAAUCUGGUGGUGGCUCCUGAGAGCAUCAGUCCGCUCAUUCUCAUCAUCAUCAUGCCCCUCGCCGCGACCCUUACCGCCUUUUACGUGUGGACGCUCAACUCUCUCAACUUCACUCUCAAGGACCUGAGAGAGCGGAAGCAGCACGCCAAGGAGGCCAUGUACAGACAGCUUUGGUGGUCCAUUCUCAUUAGCAUCAUCGUCGUCUUCGCCUUCUUCUUCUUCACCAGCUUCACCUUUGCUUCUGCGAGUGACCCCGACUUUGUUCCAACACACUGGAAGACGAGAUGGUUCAUACUAGACGGCUGGCUCCACGUCGUCUACUUCGCCGAAGUGGCCUUUGUUGCCUAUGUCUGGCGGCCCACCGCACAUAAUCGUCGCUUCGCCAUGAGUGACGAAAUCGCCCAGGAUGACGAUGGAAACUUUGAGAUUGGAGACAUUGGACUUCCUGACGACUGGGACGAUGACGAAGAGGCUCAGGCUGGCAAAAGUCAUGCGCAUCCCCAGGCAGCCGCAGCCGCAGCCGGAGCCGGCAACGCCCCGCGAGCGCCUCCCAAAAGUAUCUCCCGGGAAUCCGUUGAUGGAGAAACCAUUUUUGCAGUCGGGGAGGAUGUGGACAAGUUUUCCGAUGACGGGAGCGACGAGGAGAAUGCCAAGCUUGUACGAAAAUGA